UUUAUCGUUCGCUUUGAAUGUCUCUCUAUACCCGAUUUAUAUGUAAAUUCAAUCCUUGCUCUUAUAGUUGUUGUUCUUUUUACUUGUAUACAUACAAACACUCACACACCAAACAAAAUAGUGCAGAAAAACUAAUUAUCUUGUGUAUAGAUAUCAAAGAUGUCAAGUAUGUCAUCAACUACGAUUUCCCUCAUACUAUAGAAGACUAUGUUCACCGCAUUGGUCGUACUGGACGUGCAGGUGCUCUUGGAAAGUCGCAUACCUUCUUUACUCCGGACAAGUUUCGUGUUGCAAAAGAACUCGUGAACUUGUUACGAGAGGCUGGACAGGAUGUUCCUCCAGAGUUAGCCAGAUUGAUAAAGCAGUCUUCUUUUGGUGGUAAUAGUCGAAACUUUUCUCGCUAUCGAAAUUAUUCUUCGUACUCUCGGGGUGGCGCAUCUUCGAAUUAUGGGCGAUUUAGUAAUGGUAGUACUAGUCAUGGUUUCGGCAAGAAUCGUUAAUUUCCAAUAAAUGGACCCGUUGAAGUUCCUGUUAA